CUUGACCGGCUGACCCCCUCGCCUCGCGGCCUCGACUGCUGGCUGCGCCGGGGUGGGCGCCACUGAACCCUAGCGCAAGCACGUUGCCGCGGCGGAGCCCACCGCCGAAGCGCUCCACCUCGGCCCGCCACGCCGCCGCCCAUUACCGCAGCGCUCCGCCGCCGCGCACCCGCGCAGCCACCCACCGCCGGUGCGCACCGCCGGCGGCAAGCUUCCGGCGACGCCGAGGACGACCGGUGGCUCCCUGAGGAGAGGUGCCCCUCUCGUAAUUCGACGAUUCAUGCUGCUGAUUUAGGUGUUGCUUUCUCAACAGAGCCAUGGUGGGGGCGCGUGUGCAGCUGAAGGGGUGGCAACAGGCAGCUGUUGCGUUUGGUUCUGCAUUUGGGGCCCUGCUUGACCCUAGAAGGGCUGACCUGAUAGCUGCUCUUGGAGAGACUACUGGGAAGCCAGCAUUUGAGCGUGUGCUUCAGCGAAUGAAGAAUAGCGCAGAAGGCAAGGAAGUUCUCUUGGAGCGUCCUCGUGUCAUCUCCUCGCAGGUUUCUCAUGCCUGGGACAUGCCACAGAACACAUUCGGUGCAGCCUAUGCUCAGUUCAUGGGGUCAAGGAACUUCUCACCAGACGAUCGCCCACCUGUCCGUUUCAUGGACACUGAUGAGCUGGCCUACGUUGCGACACGGGCCCGUGAAGUUCAUGACUUUUGGCACGUUCUGUUUGGCCUUCCGACGAACCUGAUUGGAGAGACUGCCCUCAAGGUGAUAGAAUUUGAGCAGAUGUUCCUCCCAAUGUGCAUGCUGUCAGUUGUUGGGGGCUCUGCAAGGUUCAGCGAGAAACAAAGGACACUGUUUUUCCAGCAUUACUUCCCAUGGGCAGCAAAAGCAGGUCUCAAGUGCACGGAUCUGAUGUCUGUAUACUAUGAGAAGCACUUUCAUGAAGACCUGGAGGAAGUGAGAAGAAACUGGGGCAUUCUACCAUGCCCUGAUCCCAAAAAGAGAGGUGUAUAGACAGGCGUACUCUGCAUGGACUUGUAUUUAGUUUUCAUACUCUGCAUGGACUUGUAUUUAGUUUUCAUCUUUGCUUAUGUCAGUUCUUUUGGAAUAACGUCAUGAGCUAUGUUACUGAUACCUUAGGAAGUUGCAAAGUACUAUGGUUAGUAUGUUGAAGGUCGUACUCCUACGCUGCUGGUAUUUGCAAUGCUAUGGGAGUCGAACAAGUUCCUCGACAUUAUUUAUGACUGAGAUUUACUUCGA